UCAUUCAUUCAGAGACUUCUAUACUUACAAAUCUUUUUGCUCUCUUUCCAAAGAAAAAAGAUGAUCAACGCUAAGAAACUACUCAAGAUGGCCAAGAAAUGGCAACAGAGAGCAGCCCUCCACAGGAAAAGAAUCUCAUUUCAGAGAUCAAGAACUGAUACUACCAGCAGCUCAACAACUGCUGUGGAGAAGGGCUGUUUCGUGGUUUACACCGUUGAUGAAAUCCGCUUUGCUUUUCCGAUAAGUUACCUGAACAACUCUGUUUUCCAAGAGCUCUUGAAAAUCUCUGAGGAAGAGUUCGGCCUCACGGCAGGUGGACCAAUCACGUUGCCGUUUGAUUCGGUUUUCUUGGAGUAUCUCAUCAAAUUGAUCCAACGAAGAAUGGAUGGAGAUACAGAAAAGGCUUUGUUAAUGUCAAUCUCAAGUUCUAGAUGCUCUUUGCAACAACAAGAACAACACUCUAGAACUACUCAACAAUUACUUGUAUUUUAGAGAAUCAGAGUAUAGACAUUUCUUUGUACUAUUAGAUUAGACAGAUCAUUUGAAAUAUACAAACAACUAUUUUUGUU